AUGAACACGGCUACGGUGACGAGCGUCGAGAGCUCAGCUAUGAGCUCAUCCCUUCGUCACACACACAAUGGCACAUCCGAGACGAAGCCCGCCACAACACCCGCCUCCGCAUCCGAGAAUCAGCGCUCAGUCGAGGAGCUAAGGAGAGCAGUGCAGAGGAAGUACAGGCACGUCGCUGCUGUUCACCACAAAUCGCGCCCUUCCACUUUGAGCCAUGACUCCAACGCCGCCCCCAGUUUCUUAGGUUUCAGGAACUUAAUGGUAAUUGUAUUAAUUGUUGGUAAUCUUCGUCUGAUGAUUGAGAACAUACAAAAGUAUGGAGUCUUGAUUUGCGUUGGGUGCCAUGACUUCCGUCGGCAAGAUGUUCUUCUCGGUGUUGGGUUAUACCUCCUAAUCCCUUGCCAUCUCCUCGCCGCCUACCUGAUCGAAUUGGCCGCUGCUCAGCAGGCUCGAGGCUUGCGGGCCAAGUCAAAGGAUGGCGCUGCCAGCCCGACAGCAGACCAGCGAGCUCGAUUCAACUCUACUUGGAAGGUCAUUGCCUGGAUCCAUGCCGUCAACAUUACCCUCGCCCUCGCCAUCACGACAUACGUGGUGUACUUCCACAUCCACCACCCCUUAAUCGGCACCCUGACGGAGCUUCAUGCCAUCAUCGUCUGGCUUAAAACAGCUUCGUACGCCUUCACAAACCGAGACCUGCGACACGCUUACCUCCACCCCGUUAAGGGCGAACUUGCCGCGAUGCCUGAGAUCUACCAGCAGUGCCCGUACCCUAACAACAUCACCAUGGGCAAUUUGGCAUACUUCUGGUGGGCACCGACGCUGGUUUACCAGCCUGCGUACCCGAGGACAGAAAAGAUUAGAUGGGUGUUCGUCGGCAAGCGGAUGGCGGAAGUCUUUGGUCUGAGCGUCUUCAUUUGGUUUGCCAGUGCCCAGUAUGCCGCCCCUGUCUUGAUCAACUCGCUCGACAAGAUCGCCUCGUUGGACGUACCUAAGAUUCUUGAGCGGCUGAUGAAGCUCUCUACGAUCUCUCUGGUCAUCUGGCUCGCAGGCUUCUUCGCACUCUUCCAAUCAUUUCUCAACGCCCUCGCCGAAGUUACCCGCUUUGGGGAUCGAUGCUUUUACGAGGACUGGUGGAAUAGCGAGAGUCUUGGUGCCUACUGGCGUCUGUGGAACAAGCCGGUCUACCAGUAUUUCAAGCGCCACGUCUACUCUCCCUUGAUCGGCCGUGGAUGGAGCCCUAGGGCUGCGCAGCUUGCCGUAUUCUUUGCUUCGGCGGUACUCCACGAGGUUCUCGUCGGUGUGCCGACUCACAACAUCAUUGGCGUCGCUUUCGCUGGCAUGUUCUUCCAGCUCCCUCUGAUCGCCAUCACGACCCCUCUGGAGAAGAUGCAGUCACCCACAGGUCGGAUGAUUGGCAACUGCAUCUUUUGGGUUUCCUUCACCAUUCUAGGACAGCCGUUUGCCGCAUUGAUGUACUUUUAUGCCUGGCAGGCCAAGUACGGCAGUGUGAGCAGGCAGAUGACGUGGCCCAGGAGUUCUUGA